AUGCCCAAGAGACGCAGCAACGUGCUGCGCGGCGCGGACAGCGACGAGGACGAAUCGGCGGCAACCGGGCGCGCCGGGCUCGGAGGCCUGAGGCUCGCAAAGGCUCUGCUCGGGGAGGAGGACCUCGCCGAGCUGCGAGCUGCGUUGACUGUGCAGCAGAGUGCGCGCAACCCGCGAUGGAGCGCGCCGCCGCCCUUUGCCGUGUUUCGCGAGACGGAGCACCUGAUCUCUGUGCCGCGCCACUUUCCGCUCAAGCCCGCGCUGCGCGAGGCGGCCAGGCCAGCCCUGUGCGCGGGCGAGGCGGCGACGCUGAUCUUCCGGGGCUCGCUCACGCCGCUGCAGGAGCAGGCGGUGCGAGCCAUGCGCGAGGCGUACGAUCGCGAGGGCGGCGGCAUCCUCAGCCUCUACUGCGGCGGCGGCAAGACGGUGUGCGCGCUGCGGCUCGUCGCCGACGUCGGGCAGAGGACGCUCGUCGUCGUGCACAAGGAGUUCCUGGUGGAGCAGUGGAUCGAGCGGAUCCGCCACUUUCUGCCGGAGGCGCGCAUCGGGCGGAUCAAGCAGAACGUCGCCGAGGUGCACGGCACGGACGUGGUGGUGGGGAUGCUGCAGUCCCUCACGCGCCGAGGUGACGAGUACUCGCUCGGCGGGUUUGGUCACGUGGUGGUGGACGAGUGCCACCACAUCUGCGCGCGCUCCUUCUCUUCGCUCCUCUUCGGCGUCGGCGGCGUCGGCUGCCGCUUGCUCGGGCUCUCCGCCACCGCCACGCGCUCCGACGGCCUGACCCAGGUUCUGCACUGGUUCAUGGGCGCCACCGCAUUCAGCGCCACGCGUGGUGCAGCCGCCGCAAGGAGGGACGAGCGGCGCUCGCGCCGCGUCGCUGCGCUGGUCGCGGCGCUCGCGGCGUCUGGCAGGAAGGUGCUCGUGCUGAGCGACCGGAGGGCCCACCUACUCUCGCUGCAGCCGCUCCUGCGGGAUGCGGCGGAGAAGAGCGUGCUGCUGGGAACCUAUGGGAUGUCAAGCGAGGGCCUCGACAUCGCCGCGCUCGACACGCUCGUGCUCGCGACGCCCCGGGCGAACGUGGAGCAGAGCGUGGGCCGCAUCAUGCGCGGCGGCGCGGCCAAUGAGCCGCUUGUUGUCGACGUGGUCGACGGCGGUGCGUACUGCGCCCGCCUCGCAUCGAAGCGGCUCUCCCUGUAUCGCUCCGCUGGGAUGCCGUUGCCGACACCGGUGCAGGCGCGGCGGACGACGGCGAGGCCGCCGAGGGCGCGGGCCAGGGCAGCGCAGGGGCUGUAG